ACAUCGUUCGUAACAUUCUCUUCCUGCUUCCUUUAGCUACCUGCUCGUCACGGCGACUACGUGUACUUCUUGGCGUCGGCAGAGAAAUCCAUUCUAGUACUAGUAAAAGUUAAAGGAGUUACGGAAAAACUAGUGUCCACGUUUUCUUCUUGCAAUGGCGUACGGUGAACGAGAACGUACAGAUAGACGCGGAGGAGGUGGAGGAGCUGGUAGUAAUGCACGCGGUGGUGGCCGAUUUGGUGGAAGAGAUGGUGGCGGAGGAGGCAACAGAUUCGGAGGUGGACACAAAGACAGCAAUUUCGGAAGCAACAAUUUUAAAAACCGUCAGCCUGGCGAACGUCUACGCAAACCGCGUUGGGACAUGGGCUCUCUUCUACCAUUCAGGAAAGAUUUUUAUCAGCCACAUUCCAAUGUAACGGCACGAAAUGUUCACACAGUGGAGGCUUAUCGUUCCAAUAAAGAGAUCACGGUGAAGGGGGCCAACAUUCCGAGUCCUAAUAUUUUUUUUGAAGAGGGUGGCUUUCCAGACUAUGUUCUCAAUGAGAUUCGGAGACAAGGAUUUGGUGAGCCAACUGCAAUUCAAGCGCAAGGUUGGCCCAUUGCCUUGUCUGGUCGAGACAUGGUUGGUAUUGCACAAACAGGUUCAGGAAAAACAUUAGCAUAUAUCUUGCCAGCAAUUGUGCACAUAAAUAAUCAACCUAGAUUGAGUAGAAAUGAUGGUCCAAUUGCUCUUAUAUUGGCUCCAACGAGAGAAUUAGCACAACAAAUUCAACAAGUAGCUUCUGAUUUUGGAGUUUCCUCACAAGUUCGAAAUACAUGCAUUUUUGGUGGUGCUCCUAAAGGACCUCAAGCACGUGAUCUUGAACGUGGUGUAGAAAUUUGUAUUGCCACACCAGGUCGACUCAUAGACUUUUUGGAACGUGGUACUACAAAUCUACGUAGAUGUACAUAUCUAGUACUAGAUGAAGCCGAUAGAAUGCUAGAUAUGGGUUUUGAGCCACAAAUUAGAAAAAUAGUAGAACAAAUACGUCCUGAUCGUCAGACUCUCAUGUGGUCGGCAACAUGGCCGAAGGAAGUACGUAAUCUUGCAGAAGAGUUUUUAACAGAUUACAUACAAAUCAAUAUUGGUUCCUUGCAACUAGCUGCCAAUCACAAUAUCUUACAAAUUGUUGAUGUAUGCGAAGAAUAUGAGAAAGAAGGUAAACUUAUGAAGCUUCUAGAAGAGAUUUCAAAUGAACCAGAAAAUAAAACUAUAAUAUUUGUGGAAACUAAAAGAAAAGUUGACGAUAUAACAAGAGCUAUUAAUAGAUAUGGAUGGCAAGCAAUUGGCAUUCACGGAGAUAAAAGCCAACAAGAAAGAGAUUACGUACUAAACCAGUUCCGGAAUAGCAGGUCUGCUAUCCUAGUGGCUACCGAUGUGGCAGCAAGAGGUUUAGAUGUCGAGGAUGUCAAAUUUGUAAUAAACUUGGACUAUCCGUCCAACUCAGAGGACUAUGUACACCGUAUCGGGCGUACGGGACGCUCGCAACGAACAGGAACAGCGUACGCAUUUUUCACUCCUAGCAAUGCACACAAGGCUAGUGAUUUAAUUCAAGUUUUAGAAGAGGCUAAGCAAGUUGUCAAUCCAAAAUUAUACGAGUUGUCUAGAAAUCCUGGCGUUUACAAAAGAGGGCGAUAUGGCGGGCGUAGCGGCGGAGGUGGCGGACGAGGGUCCGGAGGCCGCGGUGGCGGCCCACGAGGCUCUCGAGGUGGCCGCGAUGGCGAUAGGGGUGGAAGAUUUGACCGUUCUUCCGGUAGUACUAACGACCGCGGCAAAUGGGUCGGAAGUAGUAGCGGCGGAAUAAGCGGAGGUAGCUACGGUAGCAGUAAAUCGUUUCCACAAAACAACUUUGGAAGUGGAACUGCUGGCGGUAACUCUACUUAUAGCCAGAAUAAUAGUGGGUACGGCGGAGGCAGUUACAGACAACAAAACGGCUAUUGAUAUCAAGUCAAUAAUGUCAAGUGGAUAUGGUAACAAAAAAGAGAACAAAGAAAAAAAAUGUUUGUUCGGUACACAGUAAAUGUAUAUCUCGCGUAUAGAUGGGUCCAGAAUCGCUCAGAAUCGUUCCGAAACACUUCACGCUCACAUUCUCACUAUUCACAGCAUUCGCUUUCUUUUUUUUCUUUCAAAUCUUUAGUAUACAUAAGAAAUCAUAGUAAUGAUGUUAUGAAACUGCGGCAAUCUCAUGUAUUAGCGUAGAUAUUUAAUAUUUAAACAGUCAAUUUAUUGCCGAGGCAUGUAGUAUUAUACGAACAAUAAACUAUCAUAAUAAUAUAACAAAAGAA